GUUGCGCUUGCGCACGGAGCGCCCGGCGGGCUGCGUAGUUACUUUUGAACCGGGUGGCGGGGAAUAGCUGAAGGAGCUGAACAGCAAGGGCGCCGUGUGCCGUGAGGUUGACAGAGUUCUCCGUUAGACCUAGCGAUGGCACAGCAGCUCGCCCGGGAGCAAGGCAUCACCCUGCGCGGGAGCGCGGAGAUCGUAGCCGAAUUUUUUUCAUUUGGCAUCAACAGCAUUUUGUAUCAGCGUGGCAUCUACCCAUCGGAAACCUUUACCCGAGUGCAGAAGUAUGGACUCACCUUGCUUGUAACUACUGACCCCGAGCUCAUAAAGUAUCUCAAUAAUGUGGUGGAGCAGCUAAAAGACUGGCUCUGCAAGUGCUCGGUUCAGAAGCUGGUGGUGGUCAUCUCCAACAUUGAAAGUGGUGAGGUCCUGGAGAGAUGGCAGUUUGAUAUCGAGUGUGACAAAACUGCAAAAGAAGAUGGUGUUUGUAGAGAAAAGUCACAGAAAGCCAUCCAGGAUGAAAUCCGUUCAGUGAUCAGGCAGAUCACAGCUACCGUGACUUUUCUGCCGCUGUUGGAAGUUUCUUGUUCAUUUGAUUUGCUGAUUUACACUGACAAAGAUUUGGUUGUACCCGAAAAAUGGGAGGAAUCGGGACCCCAGUUCAUUACCAAUUCUGAAGAAGUCCGUCUCCGUUCGUUUACUACCACCAUCCACAAAGUGAACAGUAUGGUGGCCUACAAAGUCCCUGUCAAUGACUGAAAAGAGGUGAAGAAAGCCAGGAUCCAACUUUGAUAAGUGUGCCUCAUUGUUCCAUUUCUUGGGUUCCUCCUGGACUUGCCACAGAGUCAACAUAAUAGAUUGCUGCACAUUAGUAAGGGGAACCAACAGAUUUUGUCAGCAUUGUGGAGUGGAUUCCUUUAAAAGUGGUCACUGUAGAUAGAAAUUCUUUUGUUAGAAAGCUAAAUACAUCCUUGAACUAUUUAGCUUGGGAAUCUUGACCAGGAUAAAGAAGUAUCUGAAUGUAAAUACAGCAGAAGGAACUGAAGCUUUGUCUAGUUCUGAGAGUCAUGAAUACUGCCUUACUGGGUCCAUUUGUCAAUUCUCUUUGUAUAGACCCCAUAUUGAAAUAUAUGCUAAUUGUUUGGUUUUCGUGUAUAUACCUUGAACUCACAAAGCAAUUGAUACUGUUUAAUUUCUGUAAUAAAGAACUCUUGUUUUAAUGUUUUAUAAAAAUCAAGCUUUAAAUAGCAGUGAUACAAAAAAUUAAGUUAACUCUUGUGUUUUAAAUUUGUGUUAGAGUAUCUUUGAUGGAUGGUGUGGUAUUAAUAUAAUCAGAUACUGCAGUGGAUUGAGUGUGGGAAUUGUUCAUUUUGAUUAUGUGCUGCUACCUUCUUCUCUCAACAGUGCAGUUAAUGUGAAGAUGCAACUGUCCCUUGAAAUUACUUCAAGUAUCAGGCUAUAGUAUCCCUGGAUUGUUGUUGUUGUUUUCUGUCAUACACAUUUAUUCAGAAGUUAUCAGCAUAAUUUAAUGACAUUUGAAGUAAAAACUGAAAUGGGUAAAAGACAUUAUCAAAUGUCUGUGCUAGCAAGUCAAUGAUUAGACAGGGACUCGAGUGGCAUUGCUGAUUGGAAACAAAUCGGGAUGAGAAUAGUAAGGACACUAGUUUGAUAAGUUCAAGGUUUUUCCUGUCUAUAAACUGUCUUUCCCCUUGAUUAACAUGUAAUAACAAUAGCAAAUAAGUUUUGAGUGUUUGUCAGGCAGCAAUACAUUUGUGAACAUACUUAGAGAUUUGACUACCCUGGACAACAGAAUUUAAGACAGUUACAUAUCUGUCUUUAACUCCCCAUCACAGGAAGCAUGCCAUGCCAAGAGCUCAGAUCCAGUGCCACAUUACUCAAAGGGAGCAUCAAUGAAGUUGAAGCCUAGACAGGUGCAGGAUGCUAUUCUGUUUCUCUAGCACAGCACAGUACUGCAGUAUCAGGAGGGAAUGGAUAAGAGGCACAGCCAAACACAGUUACUAUAUUACGGUACAGACACCAUGGUAAUGAGCAGUGUACUUUCAGGGCUGGUUUUCUUAAAGAAUCAAAUCAAUACAUUUACUAUGUUCUUUUGUCUCCUGAGAAUCAGUUCAAAUGGGAUCAAAACAAAACACUUCGGAUUAAAAGGAGUUUAACUUUUAAGAACAAAAAUAUAGCUGUACAGUUCAACAAGUAUGCUCCCUUUAAACUGGACCCAAGAAACUAAAACUAAAACCUUUAUUUUAGCAACUCUAAAAUAUUCUCCAAAUCUGGAACCAUGGGUACACAUGUAUGUACUUUGAAUGUUUACAUUAUAUCACACAUUGUGAGUGACCAUGACUUGCUCUCUGGGGAUGGAUUUUAUCUGGAAUAGUCAAAAUAUUUUCAGCUAAGAAGGGACAAUGUUAAGA